GUAUGGCGCGGCGAGGGGACGGGGGACGAGUCCGACGCCUGAGCGGAGCUUUACACUAAUAUGGGAUUUCGCAGCGUGGACGUGGGGGGCGAGGUGAACUUCCACACACUUCUCUGACCUCUUGAGCGGCGCACCGAUCAGGGAAGACUGACCUCAGACCGUCUCUAGAGGCUCUCCACGUUAUUUCCCCUUGACUGGACUGGAAUGCAAAGAUGCCAAUCUUGGAGAGAGAGACGGCCAGGGACCGAGACAGCCAAGUGCUGCCAAAGGUCCCCGUGCCGCCGCUGAAACAAACCCUCGACACUUACUUGAAGUGUGUCCAACACCUGGUGACGGAGGGGCAGUUCAAGAAAACAAAGGCCAUCGUGGAGAAGUUCGGGGCUCCUGGAGGGGUCGGGGAGGUUCUGCAGAAGAAGCUUUUAGAGAGGAGGGACAAGACGACCAACUGGGUCUAUGACUACUGGCUGGAGGACAUGUACCUGAACAACAGGUUGGCGCUGCCAGUCAACUCCAGUCCUGUCAUGGUGUUCCCUAAGCAGACGUUCAGAGAUCAUAAAGACGCCCUCAGAUUUGCUGCUCGUCUCAUCAGGGGAGUGUUGGACUACAAGGCUCUCAUUGAUGCGCGGGCGCUGCCAGUGGAUUAUGCUCGAGGCCAGCUAGCUGGGACCCCUCUGUGCAUGGAGCAGUACUACCGCCUCUUCAACUCCUACCGCUACCCGGGACUAAAGACAGACACGCUGAAGGUCCAGAUGAAUGCAGCCUCCUCAGCGCCAGAGCACAUCAUCGUGGCGUGCAAGAACCAGUUUUUCGUGUUGGAUGUCGUCGCAAACAGCAAGCAGCUCAACGAGACGGAGAUCUUCUCCCAACUGGAGAAAAUCAAGAAAAUGGCAGAAAACGCAGAAGAGAGACUCCCUCCUUUUGGUAUCCUGACAUCUGACGGGAGAACCGAGUGGGCACAGGCCAGAGAGGCUCUAACAAAAGAUCAAACCAACAGAGACUCUCUGGCUCUGAUCGAGAGCUGUGCGUGUGUGGUGUGUCUGGAUGAGCCCAGUGGCCUCGAGCCCAGAGACACCAACAGGGCCCUGCUGAUGCUGCACGGUGGCGGCCGUGAGAAGAACGGGGCAAAUCGCUGGUAUGACAAGUCAAUGCAGUUUGUUGUAGGAAUGGACGGGACAUGCGGAGUCGUGUGCGAGCAUUCACCAUUCGAGGGGAUAGUAAUGGUGCAGUGCUCCGAAUACCUGAUGAAAUACAUAACAGGGAGUCCUUCUAAGAUGGCGAGGGCGUCCAGCAUCAGAGAGCUCCCCCCUCCAAGAAGGCUGCUCUGGAAAUGUAACCCACACAUCCAAGGACUCUUAGCAGCGUCUGGAGACAGACUCCAGAGGCUGGUGAAUAAUCUCGACAUGGAUGUUUUCAAGUUCAGCGCUUACGGGAAAGAAUUCAUCAAGAAACAGAAGAUGAGUCCAGAUGCGUUCAUACAAGUUGCCUUACAACUUGCGUUUUUCAAAUGCAGCAAAAGGCUGGUGUCCACUUACGAGAGCGCAUCCAUUCGGCGUUUCCAAGACGGUCGGGUUGACAACAUUCGUUCUGCCACCUCUGAGGCCCUGGCUUUUGUGGUGUCCAUGACAGAUGAGAGGGCCACUUUUACUGACUCAGAAAAAAUUAGACGACUGAGGGACGCUAUUAACGCCCAGACGAAUUAUACAAUUGCAGCUAUUACAGGAAUGGCAAUAGACAAUCACCUCCUCGGGCUUCUGAAGAUCUCAAAGGAGCUCAACAUGGAGAAGCCAGAGAUCUUCUGCGAUGAGACGUAUUUGGCCAGUAACCAGUUCAUCCUCUCCACCAGUCAGGUCCCCACCACAGUGGAAAUGUUCUGCUGCUACGGCCCGGUGGUGCCCAACGGCUACGGCGCCUGUUACAACCCGCAGUCAGACCACAUCAUCUUCUGCGUGUCUAGUUUCUGGGAGAACACAGAGACGAGCUCGGCCGUUUUCGUCAAAGCCCUGAACGAGGGCCUGUUGGAAAUCAGGGACCUAUGCAAUAGUAGCAGCGCCGCGGCUACCAAACCGGCUGGCAGCAGCCAGGGAGCCAGCCUGCCUCAUAAAUCAGGGAAGUAAGCCAUACUGAGAGAGCGGGCCACUCAAGCUGCCUCACUCAUACUUAGAUUUUAGCUUUACACUCAGUAGUCUAGAUGCCUUUGUGUGUCUUUGUUGUCUGUGCAAUAGUGUUCCUUUAACAACGAAAUGCAAAGCCUUAAAGUUCAUAUAUACAGUAGUAUGUAAAUGUUAAAAAAUGUGAAUGAAAACUGGAAAAGUUUUAUUUUUUAUCUAUUUAUUUAUUUAUUUUUGGAUGUGUAGACGUCAUAAUCAUUUCGGGGUCCAAUGCUGACCCUGCUUGACUCGGCAGACUGAGAUUAACUGGUCCACUGCCUUUAGGAAACUGAAGCCAUGCCUACUUUGUAGCACUGAUGAGAGCGGCAACUCCUCUUUCAGAGCGAAUCGACUGAGUGAUCCCGAUGUUUAUCUUAUACAGUAGUAAUGUAAUAUAUGUCAGAGGAUUCUGUAAAAAAAAAAAAAAAAAAAAAAAGUAUAUUUAAGUGACUUAUAACAAUCAUGACAUCGUGUUAAUGUGAUCCUGUUUCACUUUGUGUGUGCUGCUGUAUUAAAAUUUAACUGGAUCAGCUGUAGUAUAUACUGGAGUUGGGUCAGCUUUGCCAGUCUGGUUCAGUGUAAAAGCUUAAACCAGUUUGAUUUAAAGCAAACUAGCUGAAUCGGCAUUUGUCAUUAUGACAUUUUCUGGCAAGUUAUUAAGUAGACUCCACAGCAGCGUGUGCUGACGGCAUCCCGGUGCUAAACACAACUAUUGCAUUAGUAAUAAGCAAUAUGACAACGUGAUUAAAAUUAUAUUAUUUCUUUUACAAAUGGACUAACAGAGCUACUAGUGUCUGAAAGGCCAUAAGUCGAGGCCUGCAAUGUGAAGGAGAUCAAAUUUCAGUAAAGGUGGGAGGGGCCAGAGGUGCACAUUUUGUUUACAAGAAAGUUCAUGUGUUUUUUGGGGUGACCAGACAAGAAAUGGCAGAAUUAGGCUGACGAGGAAACUAAAACUGAGCCAAUAUGGCAACAUUUUGGUUCUGAAGCCAACAAAAGCAGUGUCCUAACUAGCCUAACAUGUCCUAACUUUUGUCAGACGUCCUGUCUCAAUAUAUUCGUAUUGCUCGCUUUGAAAGUGCUGUAAUGGACGAAGAAUGGCUAAGACAUUGAAGCUGAAAUAGGGAUAUCUAUUUAUUUCACCACAAAACACGAAAUAAGAUGGUAGCUAGUUGAAGGGAGAUCACAAGGGAGCUGAAAGUUUGUGGUAACUAACAACAGCCUACUCGCUGUUGGUUAUAUUGUUGGUCAGUUCCAGUACAUAAGUAACAAACGUGUUUUCUGUUUAAUAAAUAAAAACAAAGGAAGCUAGCAAGUACUCAUGCAUCUUUUAGGUGAAUACAUCUCCAGACUGAUCUGAAGUGAACAUCUGAUAGGUACCAGGUUUGUUUAAAUGCCAUAACAAAAGUGCAUAUAUAAUGGGUUCAAUUUGGUAGCUGCUGCUAAGUCAGUGCGACACCUAGUGGUAAAAUUUGGUAUGCCUAUCCUGUCCGACUCUCAAGGAGCUUGCUUGCUUUGAUCCGAAUCAGGGAAAAAUUUUGUUACAAGUAAUUGCCUGGAGUUGGUUUGUGUCCUCACGGCAGCAUUUACAAGCGGACCAGAUAAAAUACCA